AUGAUAUCUUCUCAGAAAUGCUACAAAGAAAGAAUUCAAUACUUACAACUAUUAAUCUUAAUAUUGAUUGAAUUAAUAUAUACAUUUACCUUCUAAAAUUGUUACUAUCAAAUCCCAGAUCUAUAUUCUAAAAAUGGAUUACCCAAUAUCUCAAAUAUAAAAAUAUUGAAGACAAAAAUGCCCACUCUUUUGCAACUCAGUAAAAUGAUUUUACUUGGACCAUUAUUAUUUGCUUCUUAAAAAUUUAUUAAGUGA